AUUUUCUCCCCCAUCAGCCGCCAAAGUUCAACACCACCUCUCCACGCCUCAAUUCCUCCUUGUAAGAUAUCCUCAACAUGACGGAACGACUGAAAUCCAUCGUCUCGCACAUGACGCCGUCGAGGAGCGGGUUGUCUACUAUUACAACCAAGAACGCCGAUGAUAUCGUUAUCACCCUCGCUAUCCGGACACCGCUCACAAAGGCACAUAAAGGCGGCUUGAAGGACACGCCUCUGGAUGGCAUCGUUGUCAAGCUGUUGAAGCAGGUCAUUGCGAAGUCAAAAUUAGACCCUGCGCUGGUAGAGGAUAUAUGCUUGGGAAAUGUCUCGGACGCAAAAGCAGCCUACUACUGCCGUGCCGCCAUGCUCGGUGCCGGCUUCCCCAACACCACGGCCGGCUCCUCGGUAAAUCGCUUCUGCAGCUCUGGCCUCAAAGCCGUGCAAGAUAUCGCCAACCAAAUCGCGACCGGCUCCAUUGAGGUCGGGCUUGCGUUGGGUGCCGAGUCAAUGACACAGGGCGGCGACCGCCUCGAACGCCCCUUCUUCGGCGAGAUCCUCGAGAACCAGGAGGCAUGUGACUGCAUGCAGCCCAUGGGGCAAACGUCGGAGAACGUCGGCAACGACUUCAAUAUCUCGAGGGAGAUGCAGGAUCGAUUCGCCUGCGAGUCGUUCAGGCGGGCCGAGGUGGCUCAGAAGGCAGGCUGGUUUGACGACGAGAUUGUGCCCAUCCAGGUCAAGGUCAAGGACCCCAAGUCGGGCGAGGAGAAGGACGUCACUCUUACGCGGGACGAGGGUCCCCGAUACGGAACCACCUACGAGGCCCUAGCCAGAAUUCGGCCAGCAUUCAUGCCCCACGGCGACAAAUCGACCGGCGGCAACUCGUCGCAAGUCACCGACGGUGCUGCAGCAGUGCUCCUCAUGAAGCGCUCUAAAGCCGAAGCACUCGGCCAACCCAUCCUCGCCAAAUACGUCGGCGCCACCGUUGCAGGCCUCGCACCCCGUAUCAUGGGCAUUGGGCCCUCCGUCGCCAUCCCCAAGCUCUUGACAAAAUUCAACGUCAGUCUCGACGAAAUUGACCUCAUUGAGAUCAACGAGGCGUUUGCAUCCAUGGCUGUUUACUGUCAGAAUACGCUAAAGAUCGAUCCGGCGAAAUUAAACGUCCGCGGUGGUGCGAUUGCUUUGGGUCAUCCGCUGGGAUGCACGGGCGCGCGGCAGAUUGUGACCGGUUUGAGUGAAUGUCGGAGGCAGAAGAAGAAGAUUUUGUUGACAAGUAUGUGUAUUGGGACUGGGAUGGGCAUGGCGGGACUUUUUGUUAACGAGCAAUUGUAGAUUGGAGUAGGAGUAGUUGAACAUGAGUGAAUUGAGAGACUUCGUCUUGUAUAUUUUCAACACACCACAAAAAUCUGGGCGGAAGUAUAUAUUUCUGCAUGCUUGACGAAGAUACUUAGACGUGUGUCUUAGAUCGCACUGUGUUAAACCCACACCAAUGAAAUGCAAAC